GGGGCGGGAAGCUGGUGGAGGUGUUGAUGGAGAAUACGACGAGGAUGAAGGGGAGUGUAGUAGUGGAGAGCGCUGAGAACAGGUUGGAGGAGCGGUGGACCAUAUUGAGUGGUAAAAGGUUGCGGCGAGCGGUGGGGUGGGCGGUGGCAGUGUGGGUGGUUCGGAAAUGGAAGACGAGGAAUUGGAAGACGAAGGAGGAGAUGCCGGUGUUCCCGCGGGCCUUACUUCCAAGGGGAGGGGAAAACGCACAACGCAAUCGUUGUCGACGCACGCUGCGCCUAAGAAGCAGGUUCGAAGGAAAGUUGUGGACGCUUGGUGAAGUCGAUGUGAAAUGCAAGUCAAGUGCUCGGAUUUGCAAAACGUCACAACCCAAGAAGCCCGUGCGGCCAUCAAGGCGCCAGAAAUCGGACGACUCCAGCGACGACGCUGAAGGGGUGGCCCCUCGCUUGCUCUCCCUCCCUGACGACGACGAGCAGGAGACGAAGAAACCCAGUGCGGUCAACAUGACGGAGUGCUUCUUCCUCGAGUACGAUGAGUACGGCAAAAAGAGAAGAGACUCGCCGAGGGUGGUCAUUGACGUCGUGCAGAUUCUUCCAAUUCCGGUGGGAGAUAUCGCCUUCAACCAGCAAUCGCUGAACCCGACCAUCGUUGCAGGCAUCGAAGCGGCAAUCGCUGCAUCAACUCGUCCAAGAUCCGAGGAUGAUCCGGCUCUGUGGGAUCCACCGGAGUUGAUGCUGACUCCGAUAAGGCCAUCAAAGGACAAGAACAGCCAAGGGAUACGCGUCCUUCCACAGGACUUCGAUCCUGAUAGGGCAGAUGAGUAUUUCUAUUACCCGGUUGUCGGUCAACAUACUUCCGAAGCUAUGAAAAGAGCAGUGGCGAAUAAUUCUGCAGCAGUGGAGGUGUUCGGCUUUCGGAAUUAUGAUCGUGUACGGAUCAUUUAUUUCGACGACGACCACACGAACGGGUAAGCGUAUGUUUCGACAUACGACAACACGAGAGCUAACCGUGCUAUGUUGUCGUCGUUCCACCAAGCCUGCGAGGACAUUAGAGGAUUUUGGGACUCGAAGAAACGGAUCGGGCCUGUGGGGAACGUGUCGAAAGGGGAUCCCACCGGUGUGAUGCACCAGGAAGAGUGGAGGAAAUUUAUGAGACUUUGCAUGGGGAAGUCAUGUGACAAAUCACUGUGGACCGAGUGUUUGGCUCCGAAGUGCCAACAGGACUGGACGAAGAGAAUGAGGGCAUACAUGAAUGUCGCCACAUGCAAGGACUGGAUAUGGACAUUGGUAAAAAAGUUUUUUCAGAAGUUCGAGGCAAGGGAGUUGCCGCUACACGACAACAAAUGCCCAAAGGACUU